AUGACGAAAGAUUGUUUGUUAUCUAUCAAGACGUUGAAAGAAACUAACCCGAAAGAAAAAUUAGAAUGUCUUCUUGAGUUGGAGAAUUUCGAUGAAGCCAAGUUACUUGUUAAAACUUUCAAUCUUGGUUCUGUGGAUCGUUGUUUUAAUCCAUUGAAAGAUAUUAACCAAUGGUCAUCGUGUUCAAGAUUUUCAAAGGUGGUGCUUAUGGAGUUAAGGUUUCUUGUAGACGCUAUUCUAAAGCAAAAGAAAGAUAAUGAUGUUCUUUGUGUAAGGCUUCUUGUAUGUCUUCAUCAAAUUGAGGAGUUAUGGAGGAAUUUAGAGCUUGUUGAGUCCAUUUUGCAAAUCACUAUGCCUGAUUCCGAAGGUCAAAUGAAAUUACUUCUGGUUUUGAAAAGAAAGCUGACUGUUGACAAUUCUGAAGAUAUCUCCAGUGAUCAUGAAAACAUUGGAACUAAAAUUCUUGUAAUGCUCAAACGUUUGAAGGCAUUUUUAUUAGUUCAUGGAUCCAACAGUUACACUCCAGAAGUAUGGAUUGAAUUUCGCGAUGCCAAUAUUUAUUUUAUAUUCGCUGGUCUCUUCGUUUCUAAUUUGGUGUCUCCUGAAGAAGCAUCAUGGGAUCCCAGUCGAGCAUUUCUAUUUUGGACGCUGUACAAGGGCGAGUUGUCUGAAUAUUUAACAUCGAAAACUUUAGAGAAAUUGUGUGAUUUGCUGUCUAAAAGGCCUUUGACAUACAACCUUUCAAAGCAUUCACCAUCUGAACUCACUGACGAUAAAGACACAAGUAGACAGUAUAGUUCAAAAGAACGUGAACUUGUCGAGUCUGAGGAGGCUAUCCAUAAUUGGAUACGUAACGAGUUACUUCCUGUUGUUAUCAGAUAUUCUCCAUGCUCUUUGCAACUUUUGACUAAAUUUCUGACUGGACGCGUAAAACAGUUGGAAACCUGCUCAUCCCCAUCAAAUUCUACCAGUUAUGAACGAAAAAAAAAUGUUAGAUGCCCUUUUUCAUGGCCCUCUUCAGCAAUCUCGUGGGUGAACCAGUUUUGGAAUCUGUCAAUAUAUCGGAAUCGAAUUGUGAAAAAUGCAGUUCCAACAUUUAUACGUCGUAAUCCCGAUGUAGACCCAUUUUAUGAAUUGAGGAAAUUAGCAAAACAAUUGGAGACUAUCAAAGUUUUGGGAGAUAUAUAUAAUUGUCACUUGUCGAUUGACUGUUGUGAAGGUGAAACGAAACUGUCUGUUGGUUACCGUAUCCUUGAUAUUUCAUUUAGUCGAGGUUGUACCGGUGAAGAUGGUAUUGAUAAGCUGAUGAAACAAUAUUUAAAGGAUUGGAAUAUCGAUCAUCAAACAUUCUUCCAAGGCUACUCAAGUGAUUUGAUUGAUCGUAUUCGGGCAGCCACUACUUCAUUUACCUCAGUAAAUUCCUGUGCUGAUGAUUCACGCAUAAAAUUUGUUACGGAACAACCUGUCAAGAAGUCCAGCUCAACACUCAAUCAUCAGGUACUUGUUAAACGUGCCUGUUUGAUCGCUAACUGGAUAACAGUACCAGCGUGCCGAAUGAAGGUUGUACUCGAUUUAGCUUCAGUUGCUCCUCUGCCAUGGCCUGACAGUUUACUCAUAUUAGCUGAAACUGUUCUUAAACAGACCAGGAUACAGGGUUCCUGUUCGAAAUAUGUUGAUGGACUAGUGCAGAAAAUGAAUGAAUUGGAACAUCUUUGCAAUAAAGCUCGUCUUGAUGUAAUAUUUACUAGAUAUAAAAUUAAUGAUUUCACUGUCGAUGAUAUUGGUACCAGCUGUCGUCUAUCGCUUGGUCAUCGAGCUAUUUCUCGCAUUCUGCUGUCUACUGCAGGACCUUUUGGUGAAUCUGUAUCUUUCUGUGCUCCAGAACUAACUAGUGGCGAUACUGUAUAUCGUGAUGCUGUAACUGUUGCCCAAAAACUGUUCAAUCAGACUACAUGGCCUUGGUUAUUUGCGCAACUAUACAUGAGGCUUACUCUUUUCAAAACUAUGGAACAGAAAAAAUUGGAAAACACUGUAUGUCCAGAUGAAUAUGAAAAUCGUAUUUCAUUCUUCAUUGCUCAUUUGAAUUUCUGUGCAACGGAGAUACUCAGCGAAUUGUUCAAUCCAACUCAUGAAAUCAAUAACUCCACGUCACAGUUCGUCUUUAUCCGUAACUGGUUAAUUCAUUUGACAUUUCGCUCCUUCAAGCAAAUCCUAGCAAAAGGGAACGUUCUGUUUUCAUUCCAACGAUGUUUGAUCGUCGAUAUUGGAUUGUCAAUGGCUUCUAUGAUAAGAACUUUGAAUCCUUCUGGAACCGAAAAGACUAGUACACCUGUAAAUUGGUCUAGCAUAAUGAAAUUCGCAAAAUUGUAUUUCACGCCAUCCACUUUGGAUGAAGCAGAAGCAUCAGUUAUUCUACAACUUUUUUCUGAUGAUACAUUUUUGCCUGCUUUACUUUCCAAUCGAUUAUUAGUCGUUAGACGUUUAACUAAGCUUUGUGUGGAACAAUUACAUUCUACUCAUGAAUCUACAAAUAUGAAUAACUUCUUCAGUAUUCCUUCCAGAUUAUGUGCUACCUAUACUUGUCUACUAUCAGAUAUUCCUAGUGGUAUACGAAAGGAACUUCUAAUUUGGGAAUGGUUUUCAUCUUUAUGUUGUACCAUUUGUUCGCCGAUAGCUUCAAGCGAAUCAUGUUCAACGUCAAAUUUAUUGAAUGUUCAAGAUUCAUUGGUUUCGCGGGCACUUCUCAUUCAAUCUGUUUUAGCUGAAAUGGCUAAAUUAUUAACACAUGUGAAGGAAAUAUGCGUGUACAGGAUACUGGGCAAAGGGAAACGUGAAGUGGAAGGAUUUUCUUCAACCUAUAUCUGCUUUGUGCCAACUUGUUUUAUUUUUAUUUUACCAUUUCUUUUGAAAACUGUGAAAUCAGUACCGUUUACUGAGGCGUCUUCUCGCAAAUCAAUAAUCAGCACUUUCCGAACAGUUUUAUCCACUUUUUUGUCUUUGCUACAGUGGUCAGGUGCACAAGAUUAUGCAAAUCCUAUUGCUGAAAGAAAGUGCAACUGUCACAUGUUGGCUUUAACAAGUGACUUUCAAAAUCUUCGUCAAAUUGUGCAAACAUUUUUCAAUGUUUUUGAUCAAAUUGAUCAUGCCUUUCAAGAAUUAGAAGUGUGCCAUAAAGAUCCCUUGGAAUAUGUGUUUUAUGCUUCUAUGUAUCGCGAACAAACUACUGUUGAUGUUGCCCACCCGGAAUUACUUUCAAGUCAUUUCGUCACUUCGUUGGAAUGGCUCAUAUCUCUGUUGAAAUGGUUUACUUUCCGCAAUUCAUAUAAACGUGAUAGCAAAAUCGAUGAUGCUGAACGAAAAGAAUUUGGGAAGAAUGACAUUGGAGUUAAUCAGCUUCUGAAAGGUGGUAUGGAGAUCGCUUCAAGUUGGUCCUUCGAAUUAGGUAUGAGCCUGACUGGUGCUCAUAUUCUCUUACUCAACACUGUUAAUCUUAUAAGUUCACGCGUCACUCAAAGUAUUUGGUCAGAUUCAUAUAUUGUUACCGUUGUUAAUGACGAACUCAGAGAUGAUUUAAUCGUUGGAUGUUUCAAUCUGUGUACCAAGUACCUAUCAUGUGGUUUGAAUUCAGUUCUAAAUCCAUCUCAUGGAAAAUAUUUAGAUCAACCUCUGGCUUUAUCCUUAUCGCUUGCUUUGCCUAUCGAGGAAGCUACGUAUCUGGUUCGCAAUGUUGUCGCGCAAAGUAAACAUGCACCUAAAAAGAUAAUGGCAGUCGCCGGUAUUAUAUAUAUGUUUUCUCAAAUUACACUCAAACGAGAACUGGGUCUACUGGAACUUAGUCAAAAUAUGGCUAAGAUGUGGAGUUGGCAUAUUGCUCUCAAACCGCAUAAACUAAACUUCAGUCGGAUAGUGGCGAAUGGAAUGGAUACUUCAUCUUUAGAACACAUACUUGACAAGUUGUGUCGUAUGGUACCAUCACUCAAAGGCGCAUCUGCUCACCUAUUGCCUAGUGGUCCGCAACAUGAAUCUAUGCCAAUUAAAUUAAACUCUUGUGUCGAGAGAUCUCUACCUCCACUGAAAUUGAUUGCCAGAUUUUCUGAGGAUUUCAAUUUACCCUUGAAACCAUACCUACUUAAGCAUUUAAAUGCUUUAUUACAACCAUGUAAUAGUUCUAUUCGUAUGAGCGCUGCACCUGACUUUAAGUUUGCCCUCGGUGGAAGUAGUGGUUCUAUGUUUUUUAACUCUAAUAAUAACGACAAACGCUUCACAACAUCUACAAAUAUAACCAAUAGUUCUGAAGUGCAUCAUUACUUACGUUGUCAGAAAAUAUGCCUAUCUCGUGCUCAUGCCAUACUCAGAUUUUUAUUCCGGGAAGCUAUGCGAACAAAUAAUCCACAACUAUCAAUUACUGAGUUAGCAAAUAUAAUGCAGUCUUUUUAUGUCAAUACAUCACCAUACGAUUAUGAACGCAUUAGUUUCUUACUUUCUUGGAUUUAUACUUGCUGCCCAAAGAUGAUCACGAAUAAAGAAAUUCAACUACUUAGCUAUCUCCGUACUUACAAAAGAUCGUUUCCGCCUCGUGAAUAUGAAUGUGUUUCACCUGCUAUCGGAAAUGAAGGCUUUAUGUUGUCUAAAUUUAUUGACCAACACCAACUAUGUAAUAUAAGAAUGCCUUAUCAUCAGUUGUUCAGUGAUUCAUUUCCAAUUAGAAUUGCAGAGCCAGAGAUUACGUUAUCUUCUGUGGAGUUUUGGCUUCGCUUGGAUCAAUGCAUGGGGUGGGGUUCAUCAGAUGUGAUUAAAAUUACUGCAGCUGAAAAUUUGGUGAAUCGUUAUGUUACCGUUGGACUUUUACCUGUAACCAAUUCAAAUAACUUAUAUGAUGAAUUAACAGUCCCGAUGUCAGUUGGCUGGGAUAGAGCUUUACCAUGUCAAAUUAUUGUUGAACCUCUGUUUCAUCAACUUCACAGUAUUUUACAAUCUGUGACAUUUACACCACCUGUCUAUUCAUUAUUGUCUGGCCUUGCUCGCCGAGUUAUUUAUGGUCCUCAUCGAUUACUGGUAUUGAAAUUAGCUUGUGAUUUGGCAAAAACCUAUCUGCUUAGAAUGGAAAACGAAGCUCGAAUUGUGUAUGCUGACAACAAGCUGACGGAUUCUAGUUCUGAAGAAUGUCUUGACAGAGAAUCUGCUAAUUCCGAACCCGACGAAUACUAUAAUGAACAAGAGAAUCUUCGAUUAGCUCAGAUUGCCUUAAAAAAAGCUGAAACCAGUCAUAAACAAUUCGCAAUAGAAGGUUUCCUUUAUGAACAUCAUCUAGCUGAUUGGAAAGCGAUAAACAAAAAUUUCAAUAGCCCUUUUGAAUUAAUAUUAGCAUUGUUAUCAGCAUCAACUACAUUAUCAGCAGUGACUGAUGACUUGAAGUUAGAACUUCCUCUCUCGAAUUUUUUCAUCAAACAACGGGUUUCAAAAGUUAUACCGUAUAUUGCUGAACUGGCUAAUAUAAAUCUACCGGAUGUAGCUAAACAUAUACUGGUCAGCAGGCUAAAGAUUCCUUUCCACAUAUUUUCAAACCAUCAGGAUUCAAGUGAAAGUCCCACAACAAAUCGUAGCUUCUCACUAGAUAUGACUUUUGAAUCAAGUGAGUUAUCUUCGAAUGAUAUCACCUUCAAUGCCACAAUGUGCGAACCAAAAUUUGGACAUGCUGUCCUAUCAGUUGAUGAUCAGAAGUUCGAGCAAUCGGAACCUGAAGGAAAGGAUUUCAUGUUAGCCGAGCUUCUACUACAACAAGAGGAAAUAAAACGCCAAUUACUUCCUACUCUCGAUUUCUUUGUCUUUAUGGGCGCUUCUAACCAGUAUAUCUCUGCUAAAUGGCGUGCAGUUCGAUGCAUUUUACGUUGUCAAAGAGGCACUAGUCUACGACCAAAUUAUCAUUUAGCGAACUACGUUCUACCUUAUUGCGUCUUUCAGUACUGGCCACUUGUCCGAAUUCUACUUAUCAGCAGUUUAUAUUUGAUGCAUUUCUUCAUGUACAUCAAUAGUAUUAAACAACUCUUAAUGACUUCAAACUCCUUAACUGCUAUCCAUUUUGCCUCUCAUCUGAUUCUUGAUUACGAAAUUUUAUCGCCUCCUAUCUUGACACAGCUGCUUGAAUCUAUUUACCGUUCCCCUGAGGUAGAAGCACUUGAUUAUGCUCUGCGUUUGCUCAUUUUUGUACAAUCCUCUACGAAUUUUGAUCAAAGUAUGAAAUGGUUUUUCUUGAAUCCUAUCAAGGAAGACUCUAUUCUUUAUAAUCUUUUAUCUUCACUUAUUCAGCGACUGUUUUUGAUGAUAGUGCCUACUAAGAAACCUGAUUCCAAGAGAGUGCAUAACCUUAAUAAAUUACUCUAUUUCAUGAUAUCUUCGCCAUUUUCAGAUACAGAGAUUGAAACUAUUUUCGUUCAGUUUCGUAAAUCUCUAAGUCUAGUGUUUUCACAGCAGUCUAUCCGAGUGAGUGAUUCACUUCAAAAAAUGCCGAGUAUCUUUGCUGUAUAUCUACAUCUACUUGCAUCCAGUUUUUCAACUAAACGGCUACAAAUAUACCUCAAUGCAUGGUACAAUUCAGCAAUUGAACAGGAUAACGAACAUAGCAUUAAGAAUGUAAUGCGGGAUGCUAUACAGAAUAGUGAACUUUGUCUAACUGCUAAAUUCCUCGGCUUAUCAUAG